AUGCUGCUGCUACUCCUUGCAACUUCAGCAUUCCUCCAGCUGACUGAGGGCAUGGACAUCACGCAGCAGUGGACCAAGUACUAUUCGGCUACCGGGGCUGAGGUUCGGCUACGCUCCAUGGUUCCCGACCAGGACGAAAACUACUUCGUGUGUGGGUACGGCACAGGCUCCUUCGUCGAUAAUUCUACGCACGUCGGAAUGGUUGAUGCAAUCCUCGCCAAACUUGACGCAUCAGGAAACCUACUCUGGAGCCAUCAAUUUGGCACGACCGACGACGACUAUGCGGAGAGUGUGGCAGUGAGGCACAACAGGAUCUACGUCGUGGGAAACACCGGCGGCGUCAUGCCAGGGCAAGAGAGUGCUGGUUGGGCCGACGGUUUCAUAAAGGCUUUUGACAUCUCGGGCAAUGAGGCGUGGACUAUUCAGUUCGGAUCCAACAUGGACGAUCAUCCACGAGUUGUGAAGACAAGCCACGUCGGUCAUGUGGUGGUGGCCGGCCACACCUGGGGGGGGCUUUACACCAGAGUCACUGCUGGAGCUGCCGACAUGUUCGUCGUGAUGUACGCCUCGAACGGAAACCGAAUCUGGCGUGCACAGAGAGGGAGUAGUGGAAACGAACUCGCCUGGGCAAUGGAUCUUGACACCAGCAAUGAUGUGUACAUUGCUGGGGACACCAGUGGUGAUCUGGACGGUCAGACAUUGGUUGGAAGCCAGGAUAUGUUCCUGAUGAAGUUCCGUGGUAAUGACGGCACGUGGCUGUGGACCAUUACGAAAGGAGGCACUGCCAGUGAUCGUGGUCGGGCUUUGUGGGUGUCCAGCCAGAUAUUUCUCCUGGUUGACACCAAAAGUACGCUCUAUGGUUCGGAGGUCUCCAACUCGACCUGGGAUGUUGCCCUCAUCAAGUACGACCUCGAUGGAAAUGAGAUCUCCGGGGCGCAGGUGGGUGGUGCCAACGAGAUCUAUGGGUACGACCUGAAGCCAGCAUUUGCAGGAGGUUGGUUCGCAGCAGCACGCUUGAAUCCCACUUCCGAAUCGGUUCCGACACACUUUGCAGUGCUCAAGUUCGAUGAAAGCUUAGCACAUGAGUAUACCUUCUCGGCCGGGUGCACUGAUGGAACGUCUCUCGGAUGGGUAGUGGAGCCUCAUUGGAACGGCUCUCUCAUGGCCGCUGGCUAUACGAAUUGUGCCCUUGCACCCGGUUCGGAUGGGCCUACCGAUGGCAAUGACGACAUGUUUCUGACGAAGUUCGUGCCUGGCUCACCCACCACAAGCACCACUACAGCGGCAGGAGAUAGUAGCACCAGUUCGGGGGACGGAACCACGGCCUCUCCAGACAACACGGAUGGUUCGCAGGCGCCAGGCAAUGCCACAAGCACUCUGCCCGAUGGCAUCUCAACCGAUUCCUCAAUUUCGGCUUGUGCGGGCGGCUUAGUUCUUUUUCUCUUGGCGUCGCAGGAUCGCAUGGUUCAGUGGGCCAGUGCGGCCACCAGCGCUCUUAGCCUGUGGUGCACGGACCUUGGGGAAGGAUUACUUCCAGAGCUGGUGGAAUGGAUGGGAUGGUCGGACACCGGUUUGCAGGUGCAGACGAACAGGAAGAUGAUCUUAACGCCUCCCGGUGAAGUUUGUGGUGUUUCCAAGAUGAUGCACGGGAAACCGGCAACGAAACCAUCGGGUCCAUGUCCGACGCUGUGGGCGGAGGAGGAUACUCUGGAAGGGCAGCUUCAGUCAGAGAUCAACAAUGUGGCACAGUGGCGCUCCGACGCCAACGUGAUCCAGGAGCCGCAGAAGAAGUGCACUCUUCGCAAGCGCAUCUUCGAGGCCGCCCGGAGGACCCGCGAGGUCUCCAUGAAGAAGGUCUUCGGCGUGCUGUGUGUGGACGACGGCUUGACUCAGGAAGACUUGGUCGAGGCGGACGGGGCAGAUCUGCAGAGGUGCCAUGUCGUCUGCCGUGGGAUCACCCGAGAGAGGCUCAGGAGCGAUCAUCUUGAUGAGGAGGCCCUCGCAUCCAUCCGGGCGAGCUUGUUUCGCCUCUGUCAAGGACACCGGCCUCUUGCCGGCCUCACUGUCGACCUGGGCUAUCUGUGGAUGAAGCAUCAGGGCGCCCUGCGCCGGCUUGUUCCCCGGUGGCUGCUGCUGACGACGCCCCUUGUGCAACUGCCCUUGAUCCGGACAUGCUUCAGAACCAGGGAUGCUACACUCCUGGUCGUAUGGGAAGAUGCUGCAGUCUCCGAGCUCAGCUGGCUGGAAGCAUCGUCGAACAUCCGCAUCGAUGGUCAGGUGGAGGUCAUUGUUGUCCGAGCCUCCCAACCAGAGUGGUCCGAUUUCCUGUCGAAGCAGACCGACCAACAGGAGCAGGCUUUGUUACUGGACUUGGUGGACAGGGUACAGAUCAGGGUGGCGGAAUUGUCUCGCAAGGACGUCGCUGUCAGCAGCAUCCUUGUAGACGGUGCAUUGAGCCGGUUCAGCAAGGGCUUGAGAAAGGCCACGCAGCUGCCUAUCUUUGAUGAGGUUUCCAUGAUGGGCCUUUUCAGUGCAGCCUCCUCGCUGAGCGAGUUCAGCGAAGCCAGCGUGGUGAGUCGUUUGGAGGACAGGCUGCAACGGAGUGGCAACAGUCAGAACUCGGAGCGAGACCGACCGACAGGCCAGCUGGGAAUCGUCCAAUUGGACUCGUAUGAGUACGUGCGGGCCGUGGGCGAUGCUGACCAUGAGAGCACCUUCAGCUUCCAGACCUGUCCACGCAUGGCGGAAGGCUUGACCUUCGAGGCGGCACAGAAAGCGGCACAGGAGCCCGUGAUGUUGGAGAGCUUGAAGCAGCUGGCCAAGGAGAUGGAAACGGCGCACUGUUUCGGCAUUGCGGGGAACUGCGGCUUCAUGCAAUUCUACCAGGAUUUGGUCAGGGAGGCUGUCAGCGUGCCCGUGUUUCUGAGUGCCCUGGUCCAAGUGCCCACGAUGGCUGCGGCCCUCGACCCUCGCGACAGGAUCUUGAUCCUCACUGCCAAUGAGACCUCCUUUCGGGAAGCGCAGGAGCUCCUGCUGCGCGCAGAGUGCUGCAAUGUGGCUUUGGAUCAGAUCGUGGUGAGAGGAUGCGAGGAUGUGCCAGGUUUCGAGGCCGUGGCCGAGAUGGAGCAAGUGGACACUCAGAAGGUGGAAAACAGCCUCAGCCAGUUUGUUGAGGAGAUCCUUGCCGAAAGCGAUGGUGCUUUCAUCAAGAUGAUCCUUCUGGAGUGCACGGAGUUACCCCAUUACGCCGCCAGACUGCGCCGAGUCAGUGGCUUGCCCGUUUUGGAUCUCGUUACAUGUGCCAACUUUUUUGCCAAGGUAUUGGUAGGGAGCUUUUGA